GAAAGCUCGAAAAAAGAAGGUGUAAAUACAUUUCUAAGCUUGUUUUUUCCAAGGCCAACGGACAGGCAGCCGUCGGAAAGUACGAAGGCGAAGACGCCGCCGAGUCUCUUUUCAUCGCCAAACAUUCCCAUUGA